GGUGCCGCUCCCUGCUCGCUUAACCCGCUGAAACGGAAGCAAACGACACUUUUCCUCUGCCGCAGUUACAGCGCAAAUACAGACUCCAGCCGAGGUGACUCAUUUGUAAAAAGUCUCACGGAGUGUUCAGAUGGCGGACUGCGUCUCUAAAGUGGAGCUGAGUGUCUCCUGCGCCGACCUGCUGGAUAAAGACGUCGGUUCAAAGUCGGAUCCUUUGUGCGUGCUGCUGCAGAGCUCGGGGAAGGACAGCUGGACCGAGCUGGCUCGCACCGAGCGGUUGACAAACUCCUCCAGUCCGUCCUUCAGUCAGCGUCUCAGACUGGAUUACCACUUCGAGUCGGUGCAGAACCUGAAGCUGGGCGUCUACGACAUCGACAACUCCAGCUCUGACCUCGGCGACGAUGACUACCUGGGGGGGGUGGAGCUAACACUGGGACAGAUAGUUUCCAGUAAAACCUUGACCAGACCUCUGCAGCUGAAGAAAGGCAAACCUGCGGGGAAAGGAAGCAUCACUAUCACAGCAGAGGAGAUAAAGGACAACAGAGCCAUUCAGUUGGAGUUCGAGGCUAAAAACCUGGACAAGAAGGAUACGUUUGGAAAGUCUGAUCCGUUCCUGGAGUUCUUUAAAAAAGGAGACGAUGGAAAGUGGCAGCUGGUCCACAGAACAGAGGUGGUGAAGAACAAUCUGAGUCCCACCUGGAAGAAGUUCUCCGUUCCCCUGCAGACGUUCUGCUGCAGCGACCUCGACCGACCGCUGAAGGUGGAUUGCUCUGAUUACGACAGCGAUGGAACUCACGAUCUGAUUGGUUCGUUCACCACGACGGUGUCCGAGCUGCAGAAAGCUGGAAGUUCGCCGGUGUCCUUUGACUGCAUUCACCCCGAGAAACAGAAGAAGAAGAAGAGCUACAAGAACUCUGGAGUCGUCUCUUUGAAGAGCUGCAAGCUGCUGACUCAGCACUCCUUCCUGGACUAUGUGAUGGGCGGCUGCCAGAUCAACUUCACCGUGGGGAUCGACUUCACCGGCUCUAAUGGAGACCCUCGCUCGCCCAACUCUCUCCACUACAUGAGUCCAGACGGGUUGAACCAGUACCUGUCGGCUCUAUGGUCUGUGGGUCACGUGGUCCAGGACUACGACACUGAUAAACUCUUCCCGGCGUUCGGUUUUGGGGCUAAACUGCCUCCAGACUACCAGGCUGCAAACCACGAGUUCGCCCUCAACUUCAACCCCACUAACCCGUACUGCAAAGGUAUCGAUGGGAUCAUCGAGGCCUACAGGAUGGUGAUGCCUCAGCUGAAGCUCUCUGGACCCACAAACUUCUCUCCCAUCAUCAACCACGUCGCCUCCAUCGCCGCCCAAGGCGCGCAGAGCAACAGCGCCUCUCAAUACUUUGUCCUCCUCAUCCUCACCGACGGUGAGAUCACCGACCUUGAUCAGACUCGGGACGCCAUUGUCCGGGCGUCGCGUCUGCCACUGUCAAUCAUCAUUGUGGGGGUGGGGCCGGCGGACUUUAAGGCCAUGGAGCUUCUGGAUGGAGACGACGGCGUGCUGAGGUCGACGGUGGGGGAGGCCGUCGCCAGGGACAUCGUCCAGUUCGUCCCGUACAGGCAGUUCAAAGAUGCUCCACAGGCGUCUCUGGCUCAGUCUGUCCUCGCUGAGGUUCCCAACCAGCUGGUCUCUUAUUUCAAGAUGAGGGGCCUCGAACCACCUAAACCAGCUCCAGCUCCAGCUCCAGCUCCAGCUGCACCCAAGUCCUAAACCCUGUACCCACAAAGCCCACUUCGCACUCCCUAAACCCACCCUGAAGCUGAAGGCCCACCCUCAUCUCAUUCCAAUAUCAGACCACUCGCCAAGUCGACCACCCUUCAGGGGACCAACCUGUUGCUAGAAGUCUCAGCCAAUCACAAUGCGGCAUUUAGCUGUCAGCCAAUCAGAAUGCCAUGGGCAACCCUCCGCAGGUUAUUUUUUUUUUUUUUUUAUAACCACUUUGUUUUCUUAUAUUUCUCAAUGUUUAAUGAGUGGGAUGAUAAUAAUUUAGUAUAGAUGAUUUAUAAUUAAUUACUUCUGCUGCUUCCACACUAACUAUGCAGAUCACAUGUUAAUGCUAACAUGUGAUUAAUAAUCACAGAGCCACACGCACAGAACACAGAAAAGAGGUCGGGCAUUUUUGGCUCUGCAUUCUGGCUCCAUCGUCGUUGCCAUAGUAACAGAAAAGGUCAAUUAUCUCCUGAGAGCUGAUUUUCCCUGUUUACUUCCUUGCGGUCGUACCACAGCAGCAUCUAGUGGACAGUGGAGGAACUGCAGCUACAGGUAACUCACCUUAAACAAGUCCACGUUACACAGGCCAUUUCUAUUUGUGUGUGUGUGGCUCUGAUUAGCUUUAUUGAUCAGGUAUUGUUACUUCGCACUUUGCUCUUGCACUAAAUGCUAGAAUAUUGUAUCAUUAAUAAUAUUAGAUACUCUUUAUCCUAGCUUUAAUACUGUUGCCUUAACAUACAACUUUACGACAGCCUUAAGUAGUAGUCGCUUGUAUGAACUUCGCACGCCGUUUCCAGACCGUUCCAUCACGACUCUCAGUGGUUUGUUGAUGCCGCCAUCUUGGCUCCCAACGCAGAACGCAUCUCCACCGUCGAGCCGCGUUCAAGAACCUGCGUUUGCUAAAAUGGGUUUGACCCCUUAAGAACACCAAACUUCACCUAUCAGUAUUACACCCAGCUCACCGGCGAUUAAGCGACUAUCCCGAAUCGACCAUCUGCACGAUGCCGCGUGCACACGCCGAAGGAUCGUUCUGACAGCGUACGCUGGCUCAGUUGUCCAGGGAUGUGAGCAUUUUUAAAUCGUCGCCGUGGUAACCCUCCAUCCCACAUGACCUGAGAGUCCGUCUGAACGUCUGCUCUUAUUUCUUUUUCAAAAGACUGACUUCUGAAUGCUGGAAUGACCUGAACACACACAAGCUUAUUGCCAAAACGUGUGAAAUCUCAUGUGUGCUGCAGCAAAGCCACAGUUUAUGUUUCUCUGCUUAUUAAAGAGCUCUUCUUCUGCACUUCACAAUCACUUAUAAUUCCCUAUAAAUCACUUUUAUAACCACCGCCGUUGUGUGGAUUCUUUAUUUUUAAGGGACCAUUUAAAAAAAAAAAGUUAUAUUUCUUUAUUUGUUUGAUUGUCUUCAGUCUGCCUCUGUGGUGCCAUUUGGGUCACAAGUUAACAAUAGAAACUUGAGGAAAAUAAGUUUACAGCAUCUUCUCGGAUUAAAUUUCUCAAGUUUUGAACAUUUUUUAAAAUGUUUUGACAACUUAAAAAAGAAAAGUAGAUAGGAUGAAAGUGUUUAUUUGUAAAAAUGUUUUCUAGAUUCAUCUGAAAGUUGAAGGGAAUUACUUUGUUGUGACCUCGUAUAGCAAAGUAAUGUCUUAUGAACAAUUCAUACGUUAUUUACUUUUGAACACAUUAAAUAGAUCUGCCGUGUCAACGGAUGAUUCAACCAAAAGAAUUAUUAGGUUUUUUUUGUUUGUAGAUUAUUUUUUAACGUAUGUAUUUAAUUUAAUCCUCUUUUCUUUCUUUUUUUCAAACCUGCAAAAUUUGAGAAUACCAUGAAAUACACUUGAAGGCUCUAAAUAAAGCCAAUUAAAUGAACCAUUACUUUGGUUUGUUUGUUUGUAUCCCAAACUGCAUCACAUUCAGUAGAUUGAAGUUUGUCCCUGUCGGGUUGCCAUUAUUUGUUUUUGUGUAUGUUGCCAGUAACUUGUUUUAUGUCUGUUUUCUAGUUUAAUCAUGUAUUCACAAAUGUGGUUUAGAAGUGUUCGAAUGGGAGAAACUUCUGCCAAGAAUCUGCAAUUUGUCAUUUUAAACAGACUGUUUAAUGAGGCCAAAUGAAUAUUAUCCAAAUAAAAAUCUGAUCUGAGUUCAGCUGAA